AUGGAGACUCUAUUUGAGGACAUCUUCACCUUGGAGAAGGACAAGGUGAACUUGGCCGCGCAUUGCUUCGAGAAGCGGGCCAGGACUUGGUGGAGGAGAGUCAAGCAGGACCGAUCCCCGGAGCUUCCCCCGAUUGAUUGGGCGGAGUUCCGCAAGCUGAUGUUCGCCGAGUACUUCCCCGACAGCGACAAGAGAAGGAUGCGGGAAGACUUUCGCAAGCUCAAGCAAGAUCGCGCGCUAUGGGUCGAGCACGGGAACGCUUGUGAGCGUGAGGACCGUGAGGCGCUCGACAAGGAAAAAGGCAAGAAAAGACAGGGCGGUGGAUCGGGUGGUCAGUCUAGCUCCAGGAGGCCCCCGAAGUAUCCACGCUCACAACCCAAGGGUCGAGGUGCUGAGCGGUGCGUUUUCUGCGGCGGUGACCACCGGCCGGGUGUUUGUGAGCAGCGCCGAGGGAGGUGCUUCAAGUGCGGGCAAGCGGGACAUCAGAUUCGCGACUGUCCUCAGGGAGGAACUUUGCCCGCUAUGUCGACUGCAUCGGCCCCGGCAGUUCCAGCUCGCUAUGCUCUGCCCCCUCCGGUAGCAUCUACUGGGCGAGCGGCGAUGCCACGCCAACCAGAGCCUGCACGAUCUGCACCGAGCGGGAGGAUGUAUGCCGCUCCAGUGCACGUUGAGGAGCCUUCUGAUGCCGGCGAGCGCAAUGUGGUGGCAGGCGCUUCACACUCAUUCAUUAGUCGAUCAUUUGCACGAGCGCAUGAUAUUGAGUAUCGUCUUGGGGAGCACGUUUGGCAUGUUGAGGGCCCCGGGCGAUCCUUUUUGGUUAGGAAGCGAUGCUUGGCAUGUCCAGUGCAAGUGAAUGACUGGGUUAUGCCGAUCGACUUGUUGGUGCUCAAGAAGCUGAAAGAGUUUGAUGUCAUAUUGGGCAUGGAUUGGCUCUCGAGCGACAAGAGCGAGGAAGCUGGUGAACAGCGGUUGCAUGGCUUAUUUGGCUACCGUUGUGGAGAUUGA